AUGGAGAACAACAAGGUUCAAGAGGUCAACACCGGCCUUCAGACCGACGUCAAGGGCGAAAAGACCAAUGAGCAAGUCAAGGCCGCCAACCACGGCAACCUCGAGAAGCAACUCAGCCCGGGCUCCGAGGAGUUCUCUCGUCCCGACGGCAAGUCAGUCGACGACAUCUACGAGCGCAAGGUCUACAUCCUCAACAAGGUCCUCAACGAGGAGAUUGGCAUGGGCAAGGUCCAAUGGCAGCUCUUUUUCCUCUCCGGUUGGGGUUGGAUGGCCGACAACCUCUGGCUCCAGGGUGUUGCCAUUAUCCUUCCUCAGGUCUCGCGUGAGUUCAACAUCGAGAGCAACAUUCGCUGGAUGACCUUCUCGCUCUACAUGGGUCUCAUUCUCGGUGCCGCCCUUUGGGGUAUCAUGGCCGAUGUCAUCGGCCGCCGUCCCUCGUUCAACAUCACGCUCUUCAUUGCCGGUGUCUUUGGUAUCGCCGCCGGUGGCGCCAACAGCUUCGUCGGUCUCGGAGGUCUCUUGGCCGGUCUCGGUUUCGGUCUGGGUGGCAACUUGCCCGUUGACGGCAUGAUGUUCCUCGAAUUCAUCCCCGCCAACAAGCAGUACCUCCUCACGCUCCUCUCCGUCUUCUGGUCGCUCGGUCAACUGCUCGCUUCGCUUGUCGCUUGGGCCUUCAUCGCCAACUACUCGUGCGACGGCAACCAGACCAACACUCCCGGUGAGAACACCGUGCCCUGCGACGUUUCGCGCAACAUGGGCUGGCGUUACACUUUCUACACUCUUGGCGCCCUCACCUUCGUCAUGUUCGUCGCUCGCUUCUUCGUCUUCCGUCUGCCCGAGUCGCCCAAGUACUAUCUCUCCAAGGGCAUGGAUGCCGAGGCUGUCGCGACGCUCAAGGAGAUUGCUCGCAGGAACGGCCGUCCCCUCGGCGACGAUGUCAUCUCGGUCGAGAUCUUCCGCUCUGCCGCUGGCCAGGAGGCCGACAUGACUGUUCGCGAGGUCGAGGAGGAGCCCAAGGGCCUCAAGGCUCUGACCACCGCUCCCUCUCGCAUGCUCAAGGACCUCAAGAACGUCUCUAUCACUCCCGACCUGUCUCACGUCAAGCCUCUGUUCUACGGCUGGCGCAUGGCUACGACCACCUCCAUCCUCUGGGUGCUCUGGUCGCUCAUCGGUCUCGCCUACCCGCUCUACAACGCUUUCUUGCCCAUCUACCUGUCCGAGGCUCAAGGUGUCACUGACACCUCGUCCGUCGACACCACCUACCGCAACUACGCCAUCAUCUCGAUCUGCGGUGUCCCCGGAUCCAUCAUCGCCGCCUGGAUGGUCGAACUGCCCCGUUCCGGCCGUCGUGGCGCUCUCGGCAUCGGCACCAUCCUCACUGGUGUUUUCUUGUUCCUGUUCACCACGGCUUCCAACGAAGGCGCCGUUCUUGGCUUCAACUGCGCCGCCGCCGUCGUUCAAAACAUCAUGUAUGGCGUUCUGUACUGCAUCACCCCGGAAGUGCUUCCUGCUCCUCACCGCGGGACAGGAGACGGAAUUGCUGCGGCGCUGAACCGCGUGUUCGGGUCGAUGGCGCCUAUAAUCGGCAUCUACGCUGGAGGCACUGCCCCUCUGUACGUCGCAGCCUCGCUGUUCUUGUUCUCGGGCGUCCUUUCCUUCUUCAUCCCCCUCGAGUCGCAAGGAAAGAGCGCUUUGUAA